AUGCGCGUCUUCGCAGGGAUCUACGACCUAACCGACUUCCCAAACAGCCUAUCAGCCUUCCGCGAAGCAGCCCCAACAAGACCAGGCGGCAAAAAAGACUGGUCAACCUUCCACACCAUCGCAAUCGGCAACGAACUAGUAAACGGCGGCACGAACAACCCAGCCGAGGUAGUCCGCGCAGUGAACCAAGCACGCUCGAUCCUCCGUUCACAGGGAUACGAGGGCCCGGUGGUAACAGUCGAUACGUUCUCCGUCUUACUCGAGCACCCGGAAUUAUGCGACGCGAGUGAUUACUGCGCGGCGAAUUGUCAUGCUUUCUUUGAUGCGAGUCAGAGUCCUGGAGGGGCCGGUGCGUAUGUUUUUGAACAGGCGCGUAGUAUCUCUGCUGCGGCGAAUGGGAAACAUACUAUGAUUACUGAGUCUGGGUGGCCGCAUGCUGGGGAUGCGAAUGGGGGUGCUGUUCCUUCGGUUGAGAACCAGAGGGUUGCUAUUGAGAGUCUGCGGAGGAGUUUUGGGCAUCGGAAGGAUGAUUUGGUGCUUUUUACUGCUUUUGAUGAUCUUUGGAAGGAUGAUAAUAGUUUUACUUUCAAUGCUGAGAAGUUCUGGGGGAUUCACGGUGGUCUUUAG